CGAGUAUAAAUAGCCGUGCAUCUGGUGCGGCUCCCCAGUACAGGUAUGUCCUUAGCAGAAGCAGAGAGACUAGCAAAGCCUAUCAUGGCAGCCCUUAUCUCCACACUGCAAUUGCUCUUCCUCGGGGCUCUGAUUUCUCCCGUCUAUUUGGAGGAUGCUUGUCACCCUAUCCAGAAUGCCACUGCUUCUGGCUCUUACAGUCUAUCUGUGAACCCUGCUAACUACAUGGCAAACACAAGCUACAAUGUAACCAUCAGUGGACUCGUGGAUGGCAGCUCACUUCUCCUGCAGGCCCUCAAUUCCCAGAACUCCUCUGUAGGCCGGUGGGAAGGACAAGUUUUGAACUGCAGCGACGGCCUAUCAGCAGCGCAGGAAAAUAUCACCAACAAAGCCACAGCCACAGUACAAUGGAGCUCUCCAGACAAUGAGUCAGCCCCGGUGGAAAUAAGGGUAUUUGUGACUCUUUCCAAUAGCUCUACCCUGCUCCAGAAGACAACUCUAAAUACAGCAUCUACAGCCUCACCUGGAUCGACAACAGAGACACCCACCACCAGCUCCAAAAUCACAUCCUCCAGCACCACCAAUUCCGUCUCCACAGUGCAGGCCAGCUCCUUCUUCCUGGCAGCCGUCCACCUGCUGUCAGUCUUUGUUACCUGCAAACUGUUCUCCUAGUGGAAAACAGCACCCCAGUCAAGCCAUGCUCUGCCAUCUUUGCUUUCCUGCUGGAUGCAAGGGUGGACGGCUGAUAUACUCAGGAAGUCUCUCUUCUACUGUUAUGUAUUUAAAAAUGAUGACUGCACUUUCUUUUACACCCUACUUGAGCAGAGAGCUGACACCCAACCCUAUUGCCAGCAGCAGGAAACACAUGAAGAAAUUCCGGCACAUACUUGUCUCGAGAGUUUUCAUGAGCUGAAAUGUUCUGUAGCAAGUCAGGAUUUGAUACAUUCAUAGCGUGUAGAAUAGCGUCGGGUAGAGUAGUCCGACAAGGUGACUGAACAAGGGAACACUGGGGGUUCCUUCCAUCCUGAUCUCCUACAGUUCUAUGAAGCAGAGACAGCAUGUCUCCCCCACCAGGAGGGCUAAGCUGCUUUCCACAUUAGGGCACUGCAGGUUGAUAACGGGCUAUGAAGGCAAGUCCCUUCCAUAAAUCAAGGUAGAACCCCUGCUGGCAGGGCCUUCUCCAUGAAGGCCCCCUGACUGGAAUUCGUUGCCAGUUUCAAUUCUGUUGUACUUCAGGGCACCCUGCAAUACCCCCCUUGAUUUCUCUCUGGUGUUUUGGGGCAGGACCCUGAGAUGAAGGAAGGGUUAAGUCUCUGAAAUGAAUAGGAUUUUUUUUUCAUAGACAGCAGAUGAUUUUCACUGCCAUGUUGGCUGGAAUGUGCCAUUGAAUAUAUGUUGAUAAAUUUUCUUGUUUAGAUUUUGGGGGGGGGGAGUUUUGUAUGGAGUGUGUUCGUUUAGAAAUUGUUAAAUGGCUGGAGAGAAGUAGAUUUUC